GACGUCUAUGGUGAAUUUAGGAAUUAGUGGUUUGUAGAAUUUAGGUUACAAUUAAAACAGUUUUAAUUAUAAUUCGAUAAAUAUGACUACUAUAAGGCCAUUUACAUGUGAAGAUAUGUUAAAAUUUAAUAAUGUGAAUUUGGAUCCGCUUACGGAGACAUACGGCCUAUCGUUCUACACUCAAUAUCUGGCCCAUUGGCCAGAGUACUUCCAGGUUGUAGAAUCUCCAAGCGGUGAAAUAAUGGGAUAUAUAAUGGGAAAAGCAGAAGGGCAUGGAGAAAAUUGGCAUGGACAUGUAACUGCUUUGACAGUCAGUCCUGAUUAUAGAAGACUUGGUCUAGCUGCCACAUUGAUGAAUAUUCUUGAGGAUGUAUCCGAGAAAACUGGUGUUCUACAAAUAUUAUCCCCAAUUACCAUAAAAUCCUGGCCCAGAUAUAUGAAAUUGGACCACCUUCAAUUGCAGAUACAGGGUUUAAUUUGUAUUUCCAACGACAUUAUUAUUAUACAAUAUUUAUAUUUUUUUUAUGAUUGAAAUUUGAUAUAAGGAACACUUUUGUUAUGCACUUCACCUACCUUCAUGACAGUCAAUGUGUAGAAUUCACUGUAGCCCAUAUGGAUUAUAAUUUUGUAAUCCUGUCUAUCAAAAUAUCAUAACUCAGUAUUGAAUCACUUAUUGUUUGUUAGUAAUCUAGCAAAAUCGCAAAAAAGAUAUUGUUGAACUGAUUUUUUCAAUUGAUUUAUUUGAUUCAUUUAUUUGUAAUUGGCACUCCAAUUGGCCAUCAUAAAUCUGUCUAUAGUUGGGCCAAUGACCCGUUUGUUUACAUACUUUAUUAAUACUCCGUAGUGCAGAGUUCAGUAUGUAUAUAUUUGUGUUGGUAACAAAUCAAAGGGUAAUAAGUAGAGUCGCAACGAAUAUCCGGUUACUAUUCGUUAUUAGUUUUAAUCGGCCUAUUUUUUGCUAUUUAGCCUAAUAACGAUAGUUAAAUCACUUUUCGGCCGCAUACCUAUAAAUAUAAAUAUUAUGCAUCAUUACUGGUUUAAUUUAAGUUAUAUAUAUUGUAUGUGUAGCUAUCUUUGCUAUAAUGCGGCUUGCGAGCCAAUUUUCGUAGGAUCAUUAAUCAGGCCGAAUAUUCGGCUAUUCGGCCUCGCUCCGUGCCGAAUAUUCGGUAUUCGGCCUGAAAGCGAAAUACUAUUCGUUCGUUAUUCGUA